AUGACCGAAAACUCCAUUGAAUUAUCCGAUUUACCACCGGAAAUGCUGCGAUUAUUGGUGGAGAAAUGUGAUUUCGUUACAAGACGCCUACUCCGCGCUUCCUCUUCUCUCAUGUAUCAAGUCGUCGGUUCCACUAAACUAUACAUUCCAUCAGUAGGACUGAAGCUUUGGAAUGGAGCAGUGGUUGUGGAGCUUAUAAACUUACCGUGCAAACGCCAAUACAUGCUAGGAUUCCAGAAAAAUGAGACGGGCGGAACACUAAUUUGGACCAAUAUUCAAAAGGCAGUGGAUAUUGAAAACUCGGAUUACAUGGGCGAAGCGGUCGACUGGUUCAGACAGAUGUGUCUUCAGAAAAACGUCACAAUCGGAAAGUUUUGCAUCAAUACGAAUGACGACCCGAAACAAAUGACAGAAAAACUCGACGAAGUUCUGAAGAAAAGUGAAAUUCCACUUAAAAUCGAAUCUAUUCAUUGUGUGGGAACAGAAUCUAGUGAUUCGAUGUGGAAGGUUAUGGAGUAUUGUGAUAAGAGGCUGUUUAAAGAGAUGAAAGUGGAACAGUUUGAUGAAGAUGAGAUUUUCGAAUUAUUCGGAAAGCAGGACGAAAUUGUCAAAAAUUUGGAGAAGAUUGAGAUCAACUGCCUCUGCAAUGUCUCUGUUGAUGACGUUCUAUCUCUCAACGCUUCUGUGAUCUCUUUGAAAUCCGAGAAUUUCACUGACGAUUUAGUCUACGAACUCAUCGAAAAAUUCACAAAGAGGAGAGAAGAUGGAUCGGCAUUCUGUAUCGAAAACUCGCAGAAACGAAAUUUGGAUUUGGAAACGAUUCCGCCAGGAUUCAAGGAGACGGAUAGUACAAAAAGAUUCAAAGAAUACCGCAACGAACUCAUCAACACCAAUCAUCCGACCGUCUACCUCCGUGUCAGUGAAGAUCGAGUUGUCCUUCAGAUCGGAGACACCAAAAAGGCGAAUUUCUGGAUGGAAGAUGAAUCCGAUUCCGAAACAAGCGAUGACUCUGAUUCUUCCUCUGGAUCGGACAGUGAUUCAGACGCGAAUGAGUAUGCAUCCGAUUAG